UUAACUCGCUGCUGAGCAAAAUGGACGCCUUUGUGUCUGUUUUCUUCGUAUUCAAGCUAUAAAUACUAUUUUUUCCCGCGAGCUGUUCACUCUGACGUGACAAUGUUUACUCGGUGUCGUGGAAAAUGUAAGUGAAAAUUGUGUCGUGUAGCGGCCCUGGGUGUUUUACCUCUUGGUAUGCGGAAAAGCGCGUCGAACCAAGUAGGCCACAGCCACGGAUGACAAUUGAGUGUGGAUAUCUCUUGGAGCCAAAGUUUAUCAGAAUAAAUUCAUGCUAGUCGAUUGCUCUUCCAGCGGAUGUAUUGAUAUUAAUUGGGCCAGCGCGCCCGUCAUAUCGGAUAUCGUUGGAAUACCACGGGCUCCCGCCAUAAUUGUAAUCCAGAAAGUGCAUUCCGGAGCAUAAAUAAUCACCGCGACUAGCUGGCUAAGACUUUCAGUUAUCAGGAUAGCUAAAUGCAGAUCUACCUUUUAUGGAUUUUGGUUCCACUUGGAUAUUACCAGUAACCCAUCCGAGGCAGAAACAGAGUGUAACCGAAACUCUAGAAUAAACAUGGAUCGCCUAUUGCAGGACCCACGUGCUUCGUCAAAGUUCGGCUGAGAUUAAACCGUGCAACAUGGGAACUUAAAAGAGACUUCCUUAAGUUCCCAAAAUCGAAUAUACUUUAGUGAACUAGCGCUCUUUUAACGAAGCGAGAUACUCCGUUCUGAUCGCGUAGUGCCGCCGACAGCGACCGCGUCCCAUACGACAAAAAUAAACGAACUUAAACGAUGGCUACAUCAAGGAUUCACGGAGUUGGUGCAUUCGGCAACGUUCCUUUAACAAAGGAUCAUCGAGUAUUGUGAAACGUAAGACAAGUGCACAACGCUAAUCGGGAAACUUGUAUUUACUAUUGGUACUAAUGGAUAUUGUCUUAUGAUUCUGUGCAUAGGAACUAGUGAAGCACUGGAAUUGAUUUCGAGACUAUAUUGUCGUGGCUGUAAUGCCAGAACAAAUCAAGUCCAAAAUGAAUGGAGUUAUUCCGAGUGUACCGAUCACUACCCUCGCGGGUAUCGCGAGUCUCACCGACCUCUUACCUGAGAUGCCCCUACCCACACCAUUGCCUCAAACCCUGACAAAUAAAUCCCUUCUCUUUCAUCCGCGCGUGGCAGAGGAGGCGCAGAUACUUCUGAGCGUUAGCGAUGAGAACCUGGUGCCCCAGCUAAUACUGUCCCUGUCGCAGACGUCCUCGGAUCACAUAGAGCUGAAAGAUCACUACGCGAACACAGAACAACCGCUGGAGACUCAGCAGAAUACGCCGGAGCUCCUGAAGGCGAUCCUGCAGAUAAAUCCGCAUGUCUUCAAGGGGCCUCAGUACAAUUCACCAAGAAACUGGCCUCAGGGUACACCCCUGAUGCACGCAAGUCAAUCGCCGGCGAAUUACGGACGGUUCUCACCCUCGUACUCAAGCUCAUCGGGUUCGAGGCAAACCCCACAGGGUAGUCCAGCUCAUCCCGCCGCUGCUAGGACUGUUCUACCGCCACCCGGAGUCAUCUCCCAGGCGCAGCAUCCGCGGAUGCCAAUUGCGCCCCAGAAUCACGCGGAUAUGUCCCCUUUCGCUGUGCCUUCACCGUCGCCAAGAGCUACCGUCAUUACGGAACAGACCAGGACCUCGACGACGCCUCAGCACAUCCAGGAAGAGGCUAACUGUAUAAAUCCUCUAUCUGGCAUGAACCCACAGCCUAAUAUCUACUCCCCAGCCCACAUGGGUUCGCCGAGCAAUCCCUUGACUGCAUUGCCUGGUGGCAAUGUCACCCCUCAGCAUCAGGGCAUGGGUGGCUUGACGCCUCAGCACAACGUGCACAUGCAGUCCCCUUUGCAAUCUCCCAUUGAUGCUGGCAUAUCUAUACAGCAGCAGCGGCAACAACAACAACAACAAAGCCUCAACCUGCAACAUAAUAUAUACGACCCUAUGCAAAUGAACCAACAAAUUCAACAACAGCAGCCACAACAACAGCAGCAUCAUCAACCACAUCACCAUCAUCACCACUCUUUAGGUUCAGCUCAGCCCUUGGAUAUGCACAGUGCGGUACAGGAGAAUCAACAGUUUUUAUUAAAUCCAGUGACCGGUCAUCCUGAGAUCGACGUACCUCUAGACCAGGGUGUGGACCCGAAGCAAAAUAUUAAUCGUAUACAUGACAAUAUGCUGAUAUCACCCCAGAUUCCAAUGUAUCCCGAUGUGAACUCUAGUGGAGCGAUGAACGUGGGUGAUGCGACAUGCAUGUCACCGCAACAGAAUCUGCAAAACAAUAACGCGGACAAAGAGAUGAAGUCGAAUCUACCUAGUGGUCACUUGAUGGACAAGAUGAAGGAACCUGUAGUCAUGUUAAAUAGGUUAUCUCUAGCGGAUCAAGCUCUUAUGCAAAAGAGUCUGACCGCCUUCGCUGAGAAGUCGCCGAAUCUCGCCGCUAAGAUGGGAAUCACAAAUCGGAGCAACGAGACAAAAUCGGAAUCAGAGAGCGAAGAGGAGAUUGGUAGGAACAACAAGUACUUCAAGUCGAGAGCUAAAGAUCGGCAGGUCCAGAGGGAAAAGGAAAGAGCAGAGAGAAAGAAAAGCGACGACAAGGCGCGAAGACGACGAAGGAUACUCGACGAUGACGACGACGAGGACGAAGUAGAUGAUAAAAAGGAGGCGGUUUUCGUACCGACCAAACCAAAAAUAAGAAAGGUUGAGAAGAAGCUGAUGCCGAUUGUAAGUAAGCUGAGCGUUGAGGAACUCAUGGAGACCAAUACGUAUCAGAGAUUUAAUACCACCAUCGACACCAUCUUCGAGAACACCGAGGAUGUCGCCACCGUUGCAGAGUUGGAGGACGAUGGCGACGUUCCACCGGAGAUGCUGAUACCCAAGUACCAGCUGCAAGAUCUGUGCACGGAAGCUGCCAAGCUCAAGGCUCUAGGUGCAAUGGAAUCUAUUCCUCCAGAAAGGCUGGUCAGGCUACUGAAUAUCCUAGAGAAGAAUAUCCGGGACGGUGCUAGAGUCUCGCCGUUGGCUGACCCUGAUGACGACGUCGAUGAGAGCCGACUUUGGAUGCAGCUCGCUAUGGAGAGGGUCCAACGCGCCGUCGACGCCUCCCUUAUCUCACUGCACAUCAUGACCUCACGUAAUAUGCCUAAGACCGUCUACUUAGAAGACGUGAUCGACAGAAUAGUCCUUUUCAUGAAGUUUCAACUGCAGAAUACUAUUUAUCCCUCCUUCGAUCCUGUUUAUAAGGUAGAUUCUAAGAACAAGACUGAAAAUUAUAACUCUAGCGGUCGUAAGAAAAGGGGCCACACGAAGGAGGUUCGCGAGAAGAGUAUUCUGCAGGUGUACAACAAGAUGCACGAGCUUGUCGGCUUGUUGGCUGAGCUCCUCAGCAUCCAGGUACUGACGGACACGAGUGUUCUCCACGCCUCGACGCUCGGCGUCGCUCCAUUCUUCGUCGAAUCCGUCAGUGAUCUUCAAUUGAGCGCCCUCAAGCUCGUCACGGUCAUCUUCACCAAAUACGAGAAGCACAGGAGACUACUCCUAGACGACAUUCUUGCUUCCAUAGCGCGACUUCCCAGCAGCAAGAGGAGUUUAAGGACCUACAGACUCAAUUCCGAGGAUCAUAUUCAGAUGUUAACCGCCCUGGUACUUCAGCUCAUACAGUGUGUGGUGGUACUGCCGGACAGUAUAGCGCCGCACGAAAAAACAAACAAAGACGAGGAAGAGAAGAAGGAAGAGAAAAAGCCAAGCCAGGUCGACGCCGAUAUUCUCAUAAUAAAUAAGUAUGAGACUGCUACGAGAACAGCUGGCAAUUUUCUUACGGUUUUUCUUAACAAAUGUGGCAGCAAAGGUGAGGAAAUCGACUACAGGCCCCUGUUUGAAAACUUCGUCCAAGACCUCUUGGCUACUGUGAACAAACCCGAGUGGCCUGCCGCAGAAUUAUUAUUGAGUCUUCUGGGGAACUUACUGGUAGGACACUUCUCAAACAAGAGUUCAGACAUGUCGCUCAGAGUGGCCUCCAUUGAUUACCUGGGCGUUGUAGCAGCCAGGUUAAGAAAAGACGCUGUGAGCUCACAAUGUAAACUAUCUACCAUUGAUCAAAUCAUCAAAGACAUCAAGGCUGAACAACAGAAGGAUACUGAUUAUGAUCAAAUUAAAGAUAAAGAAAUCGCUGGACUUAGCGAGGACGAGGAAAGGACUCUGUUCCUUCAGAAAGUACUUCUCGACUAUCUAGCUGUCAAUGGUACUAAGGACUCUGCGCUGGCUUACGCGAGGCAUUUUUAUCUGGCACAAUGGUACAGAGACUGUACCAUGGAGAAGACACGGGUGGUUCAAUCGAAGAACAGCCCUGGCAAGAAGUCGCACAAGAAACGUUCGAAGAAGAAAAAUAGACAUCAAAAUAGCGAAGAGGAGAGUGAAUCCGAGCUCGAAGAGCAAAAUGCUGACGAGAAUGACAAUAACGAACAAAAAAACUCAGAAGCUUACAGGCUCAUCGAGGAAAAGAAGAAGUUAAUGAUUAAUAAAAUACGACCAUUUUAUUCGUCCGGGACUAAAGUGGAAGUACUCCAAACUUACAUAGACUAUAAUUCAGCCGAGCUUAUAUCUCAGUAUCUGGCGUCAAAGCGACCAUUCUCUCAGAGUUUCGACAGGUACCUCAAGCAGAUCCUGCACGUACUCACAGAAUCUUCGAUCGCCAUACGUACCAAGGCCAUGAAAUGCCUUACCAUGAUCGUAGAAGCUGACUCCAGCGUUUUGGCCAGGGUGGACAUGCAGUUGGGUGUAAAGCACUCAUUUCUCGAUCAUUCUACAUCCGUGCGCGAAGCUGCUGUGGACCUUGUUGGUAAAUUUGUAUUGAGUAGACCAGAGCUCAUCGACAAGUACUAUGACAUGCUUUCAGCAAGGAUCCUUGAUACUGGCGUGAGCGUGAGGAAGAGAGUAAUCAAGAUCCUGAAAGACAUCUGCAUGGAAUGCCCAGACUUUCCUAAGAUACCUGAAAUCUGCGUGAAGAUGAUAAGAAGAGUGAACGAUGAAGAAGGAAUUAGAAAGUUAGUAAUGGAAGUCUUUCAGAAUAUGUGGUUCACUCCGGUAAGGGAACGACCUUCGCUGGACUCUGAAGCAUUGCUAAGAAAAGUUAUGAAUAUUACCGACGUCGUGGCAGCUAGCAAAGACAUGGGACUGGAGUGGUUCGAGCAACUACUGGUUAGUUUGUUCAAGCCUAAAGAGGACAAGGACGACAGUACGAAGAUGCAAAUGGAACCGCCUAAGGCCUUGCUCACAGCCUGUAAGCAGAUCGUCGAUUGCCUGAUCGAGAACGUCCUGAGACUCGAGGAGACGAAUCUUGACAAUUCAGAGAAGCCUGAGAAGAAAGGGUCAUCUCAGAGAUUAGUGGCAUGUUUAACGACCUUGUAUCUCUUUGCAAAAAUUAGACCUCAACUCCUGGUAAACCACGCCAUCACUCUACAACCAUACUUAAGUCUAAAGUGUCAAACCCAAGGGGACUAUCAGAUCAUUAGCAGCGUGGCUCAUACCCUGGAACUCGUUGUACCACUGAUGGAGCAUCCGAGUGAAACCUUCCUGGCCCAACUAGAAGAGGACUCGGUGAAGUUGAUCUUACAGCAUGAUCGGUCUGUUGUGGCUAGCUGCUUAUCCUGCUUAGGAUCUAUUGUUAACAACGUCACAAGGAACUUUAAGCUGAUUCGUGAUUGCUUCAAGAAGUACUACGGCCAUCUUACAGAGUACAAGUCUUUCUACGAGAAGGAUCCUACGAAUCCAAUGCUCCUGAGGUACAGACCCUUCUUCAGGCGAGCACUCUUCACUGUAGGGCUACUUCUGAGACACUUCAACUUCACUGACCCAGAGGUCAUAGACGGGCUUCCGGACAAUAUCAAGGAUCAAGUCUUUGAAACGUUGAAUUACUUCGUUCAUCAGGACAAUGAUGAUAUACGUCACUUUACUUUGUCAGCCAUUGGCUCUCUGUGCAUAAGGCAUUAUGAAUUCAUGAUGAUGCCUGAACUGAAAGAGCUGUAUCAUCAUCUGCUCACCUCGGAGAACGCCCUGGUAAAUAUGAGGAUUCAAGUGCUGAACAACAUCGAGGUCUACCUGCAGGAAGAGGAGAAGAGGAUGAUCAAGCAGGAUUUGGAGUGGGCCAAAUUGUCAAAGUCAGAGAACUUGAAGGAAAUGGGUGACGUGUCUUCAGGUAUGGCUAGUACAGUAAUACAAUUGUAUCUCAAGGAAGUCCUGGAAUCGUUUCUCCACGUGAACGUGAGCGUCAGGCACGCAGCGCUCAAGGUAAUCCAGCUGAUCCUGGCGCAGGGUCUUGUUCACCCUGUACAAAUAGUACCGUACUUGAUCUGCAUGAGUACUGACUGUGAAAAAAUGGUAAGUCACAGCGCAGAUAAGCAACUUCAGGACAUAGAGAAGAAAUAUCCUGGCUUCAUACACAUGAAGUCCCAAUUUGGCAUCAAGCUGAGCUACCGCCUCCAGAAGAUCCUGCAGAACGACAUUACUGUGAGAGGCAUGAGGAUCAAAGAAGGUGAAUUUCCCAGUGCGCUCAACGGUUUCCUCUACACCAUCCUGAGGAACACGAAGCAGCAACGCAGAGCCAUCGUUCUGUCGUUUCUCAAGCAAUUCGACGAAAGCGCCAAAACAAGUUUGUCCCAAAUGUUAUAUCUAGCUGACAAUCUAGCUUAUUUCACAUAUCAAGUCCAAGACGAACCACUCUUCAUCAUCCAUCAUAUAGAUAUUAUAAUCUCCAUGUCUGGGACAAACUUGCUACAAUCUUUCAAGGAGGCAUUGCUACCUAAGGAAGGUGGCGGUAGCAGCAGCAGUAGCACUGGUGCUAAUGCUGGAGCCAAUGUACAAUCUCAACCCAACAUUCAACCACAGCCCCAUCCCGCUGCAGUCUGCGCACAAGGUGGACAAGCAAAGCCGAGUCAUCUCUUGCCAAUCUUAGAGGACGAGGAAGACGACGAGGAGGACGAGGAGUCAAUAUUGGCAAGGUUACCAGGAGAUACUACGUUAUUACGGGAAUACAUAACGGCCAGUCAAGGGUUCCUGUUGCUCCUGACUCUGCGCCAACACCUGAAAGACCUUUAUGGUUUUUCGGACGCGAAGAUUGGACAGUACUCGCCGUCGGAGGCAGCCAAGGUCUACGAGAAGGCGGUAAAUCGUAAGAACAAUUUAUUAUUCCGACCUAAGGCCACUUUGCAGAAACUCAAGGAAGGCGGCAGUAACAUGGAGCUGGACGCGGAGGGCAGGAAGAAGCUGGUCAAGGAGUAUCUGGACUUCAAGCAGCUGAUGCUCAAAUUCGAUCCGGAGGAACCUGACGACGACGGUGGUGAAGGUGACCAAUCGAAGCAGCAGGCACACGUCGCUACUACGGAUAACAAUUCCACGCAGGCAAAAAUGGUCAAUUCCGUAGUUGACAAAUUACCCGAUAGCGCCGCAGUGGCGCCACUUGAUCCUAAUCAACCUAUGUACCAGCAACAGAUUCCAAACCCAAGCGAGCACGCGAAUAAUUCGGUGCACUCGAUUCCGGUGACGCCGCGCGUUCCUAAACUGACGAUACAUGCCCACCCGGAGAUAAAGGAGCACAAGAAGCAUCGCUCGCACAAAACUGACAAGACGAAGAAGCAUAAAAAGAAGAAGCGAAGAAGAAUAUCCGAUAGCAGCGACAGUGCCGAUGACUAUAGUGAUCCUGAUUUUCUAGUGUGAGUGAAGUGUACACGUUUAUCGGUGAUGAAUUUAGCUUUUGGAAGUCUUUAUUGUUCUUUUUCUCUUCUUUCACUUCUUUUUAAUCUACCAUUUUCCGGCGGCGCCCUUUAAUACUUUUUACCUCUGACUUGUGGAAUUUGAUACCAGUGUCGGACGCUCGCAGCGGUCUGCAUCGUGAAGACAUUUUAAAUGGAUUGAAUUAAACGAAAGUGUGUAUUCGUGAGCGAGAGAGGUAAUUAAUGGUUAAAAGAAAAAGGAAUACAAAGAAACUGAAUUGCGUAAAAUCUUACAAAACGCUUCUUUGCUUUUAUAUGCGCGCGUCCAUCGCUCGACUCGUUAAAUUUGACACGAGCGAAUUCCGUGACAAGAACGGAAGUGGAGGAUCGUUAGUAAUGUCGGUCUAUCAAGUAAAAUUUCUCACGACACUGUGGAUACUUGGUUCAAGUGUGAUAUUCUACGUCUCCAUUGAACGCUUUCUUUACUUUCUUGUUUAGAGUAAUCUUCUUAUUUGGCUAUUUAAAGGAAAAGUGUCUUCUUGCGAGGCCGUUACAAUUGUAGUGAAUCUCUAGACCGUUUAAACGAAAUCCUACAGAACCAAGUGUCCCACUCCCGUGUCGGGAUUCAAAGUACAAUAGGACACUAACGAUUGUUCCGAUGAAAAUCAUUUUUGUAAAUAAUAUUAAUCACGAUAGUGACGAAAGGUGCAAGGCGCUCGCUCUGGUGUUUUUUAAAAGGACCAGCAGCCGAAAUACGAUAGGAAAGGAAAAAAUGGGAUACUAAGGACGGAGAGCUUCUGUAGUAAACGUAAGCACGAAUCAUGAAUAGAGGUUAACGAUAGUUGCGUUUUGAUCGAGUUUUAAUGGCUUUGCGGUGUGAUUAAUUGUAGAAAGCAUGUUGAAGAUAGAGAGUGAGUGUAAGAGAGUGGGAGAGAGCGAGAAAGAGAGAGAGAGAGCGAAUGCAUGAAGCAAGAGUGGAUAAAGAAAAGAAAAGAAAAGAAGAAAAAAGUUGAAACUUACGGAUCGCGAAAUAUCGAAUUUCCUCUAUUAACGUGUAUAAUAAAAGAAAAACAAUAGAAGUGUGUAAGAAGAACGCGUAACGUAUACAUUAUGAAAUGUCGUUUGUAAUAUGUGUACAUAAAAGUUUCAAGUAAAAUAUCUUAUUUUCAUACAAACUAUAUAGUGGUGACAUUACGAAGAAUACUUAACAUUUUUUAAACGAUAUUAAGUAUUUAUUCAAGAUUCGUGUUAUCCCAAUAUAGUUUGCUUUACGCACUCAUUUUUGGUGUCUGAGAGUGUCGAGGUUUUUUUUUUAUAUGCGUCUCCAUGAGCCGUCAAAAGAAAAGCGAAUCGUAUUGACGUAAUAAAUAAAAACCAUAGGACGAAAUCUGAAAUUGAUAAAAAGAAUUAAAAGCCCUAGUGUGAAAUUAAUGUUGACGAGAAUUUGAAAAAUGAACGCGUAAGUUUCUCGUCAGAAAAAAAAUUCAAAAUUAUCUUGCGUCUUACACGGACCAAACAAAGGCAAUUUUUCUCUGGGCGUUAUUUUUUGACUUUUUCUUCAGGGCCUUUUAAAUCGAUCCGAAUUGUUUUAAUUCCUACUGAACAUGCGCAAAAUAUUUUAUUAGCCUAUACCGUAUACGGUAUAAAAAGAAAAGGGACACUGUUAACAAAUUUGUCUGCUUUCAAAAAUCGAAUAUAUUCUCACUUUCAAAACAAAGCGAUACGACCAUCUCAAUAACGUUAUCAAUCAGUCCUUGUCCUGCCAAAUUUGACAUUAAUUUAUUUCUUACAACAAUGUUUCCUACUGCGCUCUUAUCAGUCAAAUAAAUUUCAUAGGACGUAAACUUCUUAAUUUAUGUUCGCUCAUUUUCUUUGUGAUGUCUUUAUUCAUUUUUAUUUGCUCUUCUUCACACAUCCUAUAAUGCGUGAUGGCAUUGUUCGUUAUCAUAUGGGCGAGUACGAUUUGAAGUUGAGAUGUGAAAAGAAAUGGGAGAGAGAAAACUUAAAAGUUAAAGUAACGUAGAGCAGUAAGGUAUUUUGAAAAAUUCUAAGAUAAUCCAUACGGUUAAACGAUACAAGCUGACUGAUGAUGAAUGAAGAAGAAAGAGUGUCAUUCUAAUUCUAAUUCUUCUGAAACUUACUAAAAAUUUGCUCCCCACUAGUUAGCAAAUUUUUUAAAUAAAACUCUUCUCGCUAGAAAACUCUGCAGUCAGCUUGUAUCCUGCGUUCUAUAAAAUUGUCCUUAGAAUUAUUCAAAUCAAACGAUCUCGGUUAGUUCUCAUUCUGUCCGCGCGGCAGCGUCUUGAUAGUUCCGAAAGUAAGGAAAGAAACAGUGAAGUGUCAAGUGAAAGACAAGAAUCUCAACUCGCUACAAAUCAAAGGCCAGAAUCGUUAACGUCACCUUUCUUUUAACAUCAGCCUCACCUUUCUAUUGCAAUUGGGGAAGGAGAAAGCGCUAGUGAUUUUGUCUCCGUAGUUAACCGUCCCUCCGAGCGUGCAAUGCUAGAACGUAAGCAAAAGCUUAAAUCCACCGAGGUGCCUGUCGCGCUUUCUUCGAUUAACGAUUGACUCAAGAAAGGUGGAAUUAUUGGGAACAAGUACGAACAUUGUUAAAGAGCAAAAAGAAAUGGCAAACGAUAUUAACGAAGAUGAAUGAAGGGAAUAGCACACGAUUGCUGACGAGCGGUGUGAUACGAGAUGAAUAACGAAAGGAAAAGAAAAACCAAACGGAACGAGCCUAGUUAUCAAAUUGUUAAAAAAAAUCAACUCCGAUGAUUCUUAUAAUUUCUUUGUAACUGGAUUUGGGCGAUUUGUAAUAUUAACUAUUUUCAUUUCCUUUGCAUCUCGGUACCCCAGAAAUCCCGAUUGAAAUCCUUAUCUUGGAUUUUUCGAAUUUACCCAACAAUUUCGACACCGAGCGCUUCUUACGAUGUUGACAACAACGUCCAAAUUGCACGAAUCAUUGAGCUUCACGAUGCCGCUAUAUCGUUAUGCGUUAAAGUGACGUGCUAAUGGAUUAUAAUUAAUAAUAAUGACGGGCAGGACACAGCGAGUAAAAGAGAAAAAAAAUAACUAUUCUGUACAAACUUUUUACGUGUACAUAUUUAUUUCCAAGGAGGAAUUUUGAAGUGUAGUAGCUGCGGUUGUGCUGACGUUUAAGAGUAAAAAAAAAAUUAGUGUGGACGAGUGAGAGUGAAAGGCAGAAAGAGCGUGAGAGAGAGAGAGAGAGAGAGAGAGAGAGAGAGAGAGAAAGAAAGAGAGAUAAAAUGCAAGAAAUUAAAGAGAGAAAGAGUGACGAGUGAGGAAACGGUUUCGUUUAACAUUUUAUUGUUCGUUGUAAUAAACUUAUAGAAGGUACAUUAUAUUCUAAAUAAUUAUAUUUCUACGUAUAAUUAAACUUUAAGAAACUUUAUUCGUAAGUAUUUCCAUAAGGUGUCGAUUGCGUCGCACUGAAUGGGCGCCAGCAAUAAACUAGGCGCCUUCUCAUUCAGUCCGACGCGCGGCACGCUUGUAUUAUAACAUUAUUAUAGCACCUAUGUUUUUGUAUUUGGUAAUCUAAUUAAAGAAUAUUAAUUAAUAAACAAAAAGGUAAAUAGAAAGUAUAUUAUAUAUUUGAGUAAAGCCGGCAAGUGUUAAUGUUAUCCAUAACGCUACGAAACACGUGCAUAAAACAGUACCUAAAAGAAAGUUGUAAAGCUUAAAUAAAAACAGAUGCGGCCGUUCUGGAUAAGAGUUAACGCUCGUU